AUGUCCCGUUUCUUUUCGUCUAAUUAUGAAUACGAUGCUGCCAGUUCUUCAUCCGAAGAAGAUCUUUUGUCUUCAUCCGAAGAAGAUUUGUUAAGCUCUUCCUCUUCUGAGUCUGAAUUGGAACAAGAGUCCGAUGAUUCUUUCUUCAAUGAGAGUGAAAGUGAAAGUGAAGUUGAUGUAGACUCUGACGACUCUGAUGCAAAGCCUUAUGGUCCUGACUGGUUCAAAAAAUCCGAGUUUAGAAAACAAGGUGGAGGUUCAAAUAAAUUUUUGAAAAAUUCCAACUAUGAAUCCAGUGACGAAGAAUCUGAUGACGAAGAUAACAAGAAGGUUGUUAAAUCUGCCAAGGAGAAACUACUGGAUGAAAUGCAAGAUGUAUAUAAUAAGAUCUCUCAAGCUGAGAAUUCUGAUGAUUGGUUGACUAUUUCCAAUGAAUUUGAUCUGAUCUCGCGUCUUUUGAUUAGAGCGCAACAACAAAACUGGGGCACUCCAAACAUUUUUAUCAAAGUUGUUGCCCAAGUGGAAGAUGCUGUGAAUACUACUCAACAAGCUGACUUGAAAAACAAGGCUGUUGCCAGGGCUUAUAACACCACAAAACAAAGAGUCAAGAAGGUUUCCAGAGAGAAUGAAGACUCAAUGGCCAAAUUCAGAAAUGAUCCAGAAUCCUUUGAUAGGGAGCCAACCGCAGAUUUGGAUGUUUCUGUCAAUGGAUUCAAAACUUCAUCUCAAGGUGAUGAGUUAGCCGUGGAAGAAGGGUACUUUACCAGACUGCAGACGAUUAUCGAUUCAAGAGGUAAGAAAACUGUUAAUCAACAAUCUUUGAUUUCCACUCUGGAAGAACUACUGGCUGUGGCUGAAAAACCAUAUGAGAUUAUAAUGGCUUAUUUGACUUUGAUUCCAUCAAGAUUCGAUGCCUCGGCUAAUCUCUCUUAUCAACCAAUCGAUCAAUGGAAAUCUUCAUUUACCGAUAUUGGUAACUUAUUGUCUAUUUUGGACCAAACUAUCGACACAUACCAGGUGAGUGAGUUCGCUGAUCCAAUCGAUUUCAUCGAAGAUGAACCAAAGGAGGAGUCCAAUGGGGUGAAGAGAAUUUUGGGUUCCAUUUUCUCAUUUGUUGAAAGAUUAGACGACGAAUUCAUGAAAUCCUUAUUAAACAUCGAUCCACAUUCUAGUGAUUAUUUGAUUCGUUUAAGAGACGAACAGCUCGUUUACAAUUUGAUUUUGAGAACUCAAUUGUACUUUGAAGCUACUUUGAAAGAUGAACACGACCUAGAAACAGCUUUGACUCGUCCAUUCGUUAAGAGAUUGGAUCAUAUCUAUUACAAAUCUGAGAAGUUGAUAAAGAUUAUGGAAACUGCUGCUUGGGAAAUCAUACCAGCUCAAUACCAAUCCAAAUUCACUUCAAAAGACCAACUAAAUUCCGAUGAUUACGUCGACAAUUUAAUAGACGGAUUAUCGACAAUCUUAUCCAAGCAAAACAAUAUCGCUGUUAAAAAACGUGCUAUUUUAUACAACAUUUACUACACUGCAUUAAACAAAGAUUUUCAAACCGCAAAGGACAUGUUAUUGACCUCCCAAGUUCAAACUAACAUCAACCAAUUUGAUUCCUCUUUGCAAAUUUUAUUCAACAGAGUUGUCGUUCAAUUGGGUUUAUCCGCCUUCAAACUAUGUUUAAUUGAAGAGUGUCAUCAAAUCUUGAAUGAUCUUUUAUCAAGUUCCCACUUGAGAGAAAUUUUAGGCCAACAAUCCUUGCACAGAAUUUCCAUCAAUUCUAGUAAUAAUGCCUCAGCUGAUGAACGUGCUAGACAAUGUCUACCAUACCACCAACACAUCAAUCUAGAUUUAAUCGAUGUGGUCUUCUUAACAUGCUCUUUAUUGAUCGAAAUCCCAAGAAUGACUGCAUUCUAUUCCGGUAUUAAGGUUAAGAGAAUCCCAUACUCUCCAAAAUCCAUUCGUCGUUCUUUGGAACAUUAUGAAAAGUUAAGUUUCCAGGGUCCACCAGAAACUUUGAGAGACUAUGUCUUAUUUGCUGCCAAAUCAAUGCAAAAGGGUAACUGGAGAGACUCUGUCAAAUACUUGAAGGAAAUAAAGUCUUGGGCCUUAUUGCCAAACAUGGAAACUGUUUUGAACAGUUUAACCGAGAGAGUACAAGUCGAAUCUUUGAAGACUUACUUCUUCUCCUACAAGAGAUUCUACUCAAGCUUUUCCGUUGCUAAAUUAGCCGAAUUGUUUGAUCUUCCAGAGGAUAAAGUUGUCGAAGUUCUACAAUCUGUUAUCACAGAACUAGAAAUUCCAGCCAAAUUGAACGAUGAAAAAACUAUUUUCCUUGUCGAAAAGGGUGACGAAAUUACUAAGUUGGAAGAAGCCAUGGUCAAAUUAAACAAAGAAUAUAAAAUCGCUAAAGAACGUCUUAACCCACCAUCAAAUCGUCGUUAA